GUAUAAUUAACUACAUUUACUUUUAAACUCUUGGAGUUCCCUGAAGUUUGAUAAAAUGAUGAAAAAAUAUUACUGAAGUCCACAGAAAGGUGACGAGAAGGCUUCAGAUACUUUGCUGUUAACUUCAUCUCCUCUUUUCCUUGUCUCUAUUGUACGCCUGUGUGUGCUGCAGUGACCUGUUGUCGACUCUAGGCGGUGGUGUAAGACUUACGCUCCGCCCUCCACCUGCACAGAGUUACAUCUUUCUGGGAAGUUCUUGUCACUGAGCCUGACACAGUCAGAACUCAGGUCCAGCCGCCUGCCGGCGAAGUUCCGCUGCUCGAAAAGGGUCACCUGAGGGCAGAGAUACCGCAGGAAAAAUGAUGAAUGAACCUUUCGGUGACACUGGGGAACGUCGACUAGGUCCAGAAGCUUGGGGACGUUUCUCGUAUUUUGGAGCAGUUUCCAGCGGAGACAAAUGCAGGACGUGCAGCAGUAACCGAAGACAGUGAGCUGCUUGCCGAAGAUCACGAUGCUGCAGUGGUGCACCCUGAGGCCGUACCAUGUGCUUGCACUGGUGCUGUGUGUGUCAGCCAGUGAGGACUUUGACUGGACGAAGAACGAGAGAACGUCUUUCUAUUACGGCACCUUCCCAACUGGUUUCUCCUGGGGAGCUGGAACUUCUGCCUAUCAGACUGAAGGAGCUUGGAACAUAGACGGAAAAGGAAUGAGCAUCUGGGAUGCGUUUGCCCACAAAAAGGGGAAAAUAUUCUCAAAUGACACGGGAGACUCCUCGUGUGAGGGCUACUACAAAUUCAAGGAUGAUAUUAGCUUGAUGAAAGACAUGAAGCUGAACCAUUAUCGUUUCUCCAUCUCCUGGCCAAGGAUUUUACCAAGCGGACUGAAAAGUGAACACAUCAACGAGAAAGGAAUCAAAUACUAUGAUGACCUGAUUAAUAUGCUGCUGGACAAUAAGAUCACACCCAUUGUUACUUUGUACCACUGGGAUUUACCUCAGGUCUUACAGGAGAAGUACGGUGGCUGGCAGAACGUCAGCAUGGUGAACUACUUCAACGACUUUGCCAACUUGUGCUUUGAAAGAUUUGGAAACAGAGUGAAGUACUGGAUCACUUUCAACAAUCCUUGGUCCAUUGCUGUGGAGGGAUAUGAAACAGGGGAACAUGCACCCGGAGUGAAGCUGAAGGGAACGGGAGCUUACAAAGCUGCCCACCACAUCAUCAAG